CUUUCUGUCUCGAGGUCGAACACAGGGGAACUUCCAACCUUAAACUUCCCAUUUCCCAAGAACAAUGCAGUCCAAGAUCAAGUCCUCAGACGACGAAAAGCUUCGAGAUAUCCAGCUCAAUGCACCAAUUCGGACCCAUUCGAUUGCCAGGGAGCGGCAAAACAAUCGCAUUCUUCUCAUAGCAGUGUAUUUUCUCUGUUUGGGAUGGCUCACGACAUUGGCCUUCUGGUACAAGACUGCACCGAAAAAUAAUGGGCCACUGCAUGUCUACUCCCACAUUCCCAUCCCAAAGGGAGUGUUCGUUCCUGUGAAGAAGGUAUUUCAACUAGAUGGACGAUAUAUCGGUGGCGCAGCGGAGGUUGAGCAGGAAUGGGAAGAACUAGUCACUGGCCAUGAUACCGUCAGGAUUGAGAACCCCAAUAAAUGGGGACUUCGUCAGGGAAUCGUUGUCCCGUGCGAUCACCCAAACACCCAGCUGUACUGUCUGAAUAUAAUCCGCUACCACUACCAAUAUUACGUCGAUCUCGACGACGAACUUGGACUAGACCCAGAAGAGGAGUUUAAGUGGAAGAUCUUAGUCGAGUAUUGCUUCGAGUAUUUGCGCUAGGGAAUCUCCUGCGGCCGUGAUCUGAUUAUUGAGGGUAAUAGUCCCAUCAAAGUUGGAAAGGGCCAUGCAACUUCCGUGACGAGGUGGGGUGUUGAACAUGAUUGUAUCGACUUUGACAAGUUGAGACAGUUCCAGAUUGAACAAGAGGCGAAGUAUGAUCUAACGUGGCAGAAUCCUCAGUAAAACUCGUGGCUACCAGCUAGUUAGGGUCGGUGGGAGACAUAGCAGUAACAUGAAUCAUGUUUGAACUCGAA